AUGAUAAACUGGUCGAGUAUGACGCCCUCCUUUUGGAUCGUUUUCUUGAUAUUCGAAAUCAGAGAAACGGUUCAAGAUUGUUACGAGAUGUCUGCAGAGUAUGAAGGGAAACGUGACCCGCAUAAACUGGAAGAGGUCGGGAGAGUGCUCACUGGUUUAGACGCAGGCGAUUCUAUUGUGGUCGCAAAGGCUUUUACGAAUAUGCUUAACUUAGCCAACCUUGCCGAAGAAGUUCAGAUUGCUUACAGGCGCAGGAUCAAAUUAAAGAAGAACGACUUUUCGGAUGAGGCAUCCGCAACUACUGAAUCCGACAUUGAGGAGACCUUGAAGAGGCUCGUGGGACAACUGAAAAAGUCCCCUCAAGAAGUGUUUGAGGCUCUCAAGAAUCAAACGGUCGAUUUGGUCCUAACGGCUCAUCCCACUCAGUCUGUCCGUAGGUCUUUGCUUCAGAAACAUGCCAGAAUCCGUAACUGUUUGACUCAGCUGAAUGCAAAGGAUAUCACACCUGAUGAUAAGCAGGAGCUUGACGAGGCAUUACAAAGGGAGAUACAAGCUGCAUUUCGCACGGAUGAAAUACGAAGAAAUCCUCCGACUCCUCAAGAUGAGAUGAGAGCUGGAAUGAGUUACUUUCAUGAGACCAUAUGGAAAGGAGUCCCAAAGUUCUUAAGGCGCGUUGACACGGCUCUAAAAAACAUCGGAAUUAAUGAACGCGUUCCUUACAAUGCCCCACUAAUUCAGUUCUCUUCCUGGAUGGGAGGGGACAGAGAUGGCAAUCCUAGAGUAACUCCUGAAGUUACAAGAGAUGUGUGCUUACUUGCUAGGAUGAUGGCUGCAAAUUUGUACUUCCCACGGAUCGAGGAUCUCAUGUUUGAGCUGUCAAUGUGGCGGUGCAAUAACGAACUUCGCGUGCGAGCAGAUGAAUUGCACCGGUUUUCUAAAAGAGAUGUUAAACAUUAUAUUGAAUUCUGGAAGCAAAUCCCACCAAAUGAACCUUAUCGUGUUAUUCUUGGAGGUGUGAGAGACAAGCUUUAUUAUACGCGUGAACGUGCUCGUCAGUUGCUAGCAAACGGGUUCUCUGAUGUUCCUGUGGAGUCGACUUUCACCAAUGUUGAAGAGUUUCUGGAGCCGCUCGAGCUGUGCUAUCGAUCCCUGUGCGCGUGUGGUGACCGACCCAUAGCUGACGGCAGCCUCCUCGACUUCCUGAGACAAGUUUCGACAUUCGGGCUGGCUCUCCGCGAGUGCCGCGUCAGCACCCCUCUGAGGGUGGUUCCUCUGUUUGAAAAACUCGCUGACCUGGAGUCGGCCCCGGCCUCCGUUGCUCGACUUUUUUCGAUAGAUUGCCCUGAGUGGCGCGCACUCAUGGACGAGAUGGCCGUUGUCGCCACCAGGGAAUACCGCUCUGUCGUCUUCCAGGAGCCUCGAUUUGUUGACUACUUUCGUCUCGCAACUCCGGAAUUGGAAUACGGGCGGAUGAACAUCGGAAGCCGUCCGUCCAAAAGAAAACCAAGCGGGGGAAUAGAAUCUCUUCGGGCGAUCCCGUGGAUAUUUGCGUGGACACAGACAAGAUUUCACCUCCCGGUGUGGCUCGGAUUUGGCUCUGCCAUGAAACACGUUAUCGACAAGGACAUAAGGAAUCUACAGAUGCUCAAGGACAUGUACAAUGAAUGGCCAUUCUUUAGAGUCACGAUCGACUUGAUCGAGAUGGUUUUGGCCAAAGGGGGACCCGGGAAUCGGAGCGUUGUACGACAAGCUUUUAGUCUUGCAGGAUUUGUGGCCUUUAGGCGAGCAGUUGCGGGCCAACUAUGA